ACAUACGUGUAUAUCGUUGGUUAUUGUGCUCCGGUCUGGCCCGUUUUUCCACUCUUCUUCUUCUGCACAUAUUAUCUCUCUCUCCCUCUCUCACGGGACGUGCAUCUAUACGUGUGCGUGUGUGUUCCGAUGGGCUUGCUCUUCUAAUAUCACCUCGCGGGUUGAACGAUGGGCUGCUGCCUGUGUAUGGGUCUCCGGUGCAUGUGACCCUUUUUUUUCUUCUUUUUUCAACCCUUGUUCGGGACUUUGCUGUGUUUCCCUAUAUUUUCCGCGAGUGUGUGCAUCCGGCAAGUGCCGCUGGCUUUUUCGAAAAUCAAAAGGACCGUGAAGCGUUUGUCAUGGGUUGGCACAGCUACGUGACUCGUUGGGAUAAAAUUGGAAUGAGUCGCAGCUCGAGGUGGUUCCUGUCGCUGUUACUGAUAUCAUGGACGAGUACCAGCCUGAUGGCCCAGCGCACAUCAAAGCCGACUGGCACGAACGCUUGUAUCAGCAAGCAAUCGUGCCACGAGUGCAUCCAAACGCCGAGCUGCGCCUGGUGCUCCAUGCCCAACUUUGAGGACAAAAGAUGUUUCCUCCCGCACGUGAACACGAGGAUCUCCGAGGAGUGCCCGGACAACUACACCUUCAACCCGGACAACGUGUACAUCAAAGUGCGGCAAAAGGAGCUGUGGAAGGGCAGCUACACCAUAAACCCCGGUAGGGAGGAGGGCAUCGCUUGGGAGGCGGGUGGUCAGCAAUCCUCCAGCGGAAGCGUCAACGUCAAGGGAGAAAGUGGGAGCAGCGCGUCGGCCAGCGACAGGAGCGAGGCCGUCCAGCUCUACCCACAGGAGAUAAACCUCAAGCUCCGAAUAAACGAGGCCCAAAAGAUCAAGAUCGAGUACGCCCAGGCUGAGGACUACCCCGUGGACCUGUACUACCUGAUGGACCUGUCCAACUCGAUGAAGGACGACAAGCAGAAACUGUCGGACCUUGGGCAACUCCUCGUCGAGAGCAUGAGCAACAUCACGAGCAACUUCAGGCUCGGCUUUGGCAGCUUCGUCGACAAGGUCGUCAUGCCCUACGUCAGCAUGGUCCCGAAAGCAUUGCUCGAGCCCUGCGAUGGUUGCGCUGCUCCGUACGGCUACAGGAACCACAUGCCGCUGUCCCAGAACACCCAAAGAUUCGCGAAAGAGGUGCACGACGCGCCGGUCUCCGGGAACUUGGACGCCCCCGAGGGUGGCUUCGACGCCAUAAUGCAGGCCAUAGUCUGCCGGGACGAGAUCCAGUGGCGGGAGAAGGCGCGCAAGCUCCUGCUCUUUUCGACAGACGCGGGGUUCCACUUUGCCGGUGACGGCAAGCUCAGCGGGAUCGUCAAGCCGAACGACGGCUGCUGCCACCUCGACAGGAACGGCCUGUACACCCACUCGACCCUCCAGGACUACCCGAGCAUAUCGCAGAUCAACCUCAAGGUCAAGGAGAACUCGGUCAACCUCAUAUGGGCCGUCACCGAGGAGCAGAUCAAGGUUUACCAAGCCCUCACCAAGCACAUCGAAGGCUCGUACGCGGCCAAGCUCAGCGAGGACUCGAGCAACAUCGUCGAUCUCGUUCGCGAGCAGUACAACGCCAUAUCGAGCUCGAUCGAGAUGAAGGACACUGCCAGCAACUACGUCGGCAUCAAGUACUUUUCCAGCUGCCUUGGAGGGGGCCCCCUCGUCGAGACCAACAAGUGCGACGGCUUGAAGGUGGGGAACAAGGUUGAGUUCACGACCGAGAUCAUGAUGUCCGCCUGUCCGAAGAACCGCUCCGAGUGGAAACAGAAGUUCCUCAUCUAUCCCGUCGGUAUAAACGAGUCUUUGACGGUGAACCUGGAGAUGAUAUGCGACUGCCAGUGCGAGAACAGCGGCGAGCCGGGUUUCGAGUACAAGUCGAAAAAGUGCAACAACCACGGGGAUCUGAGCUGCGGCGUGUGCAUGUGCGACGACGGCUACUUUGGUAAGAAAUGCGAGUGCGGAGCCAACGACAAUCGGCAGAUGCUCGUCAACGAGUUUGCCUGUCGGCGGGACAACACGACCAACGUCGACUGCAACGGCCGGGGCGUGUGCGAGUGCAACGUUUGCGCCUGCAAUCGCAGGGACGAGCCCGAGAUGAUAUGGGGACAGUACUGCGAGUGCGACAAUUUCUCGUGCGAUCGGCGAAACAAUACCAUUUGCUCGGGCCACGGGUCGUGCAAUUGCGGCACCUGUAUAUGCAACAAGGGCUGGAAGGGCGACGCCUGCGAGUGCAGCGACGACACGAGCACUUGCAUCAGGCACGGGCUCGAGUGCUCUGGACACGGCGUGUGCGAGUGCGGCAAGUGCAAGUGCAACAUCGAGGGCGAGCACCGCUACUCGGGUCAGUACUGUCAGAUCUGCCGCACGUGCCCGAGCCGCUGCGAAGAGCUGAAGCCCUGCGUCCUGUGCAAAGCCUUCAAGGCGGGGAACCUGACCGAGGAGGAGUGCAACAGCACGUGCGUCAACUUUGUACCCGAGAUCGUCGAGACCCUCGAGGUCGACGUCGACCAGGAGGAGACCGGCUGCUGGGGCUACGACGAGCAGGACUGCAAGUACUACUUUGCCUACUACUACAACAUGACGACGAAUCAGCUCCACGUCAAGGUACAGAAGGCACGGGAGUGUCCGCCUCAGGUGUACGUGCUGGCCAUCGUGCUCGGGGUCAUAAUGGCCGUGGUCCUCAUAGGGCUGGCGAUUUUGCUCGUCUGGAAGCUUGCCACGACGAUUCACGACAGAAACGAGUUCGCGAGGUUCGAGAAGGAGAGGAUGAUGGCCAAAUGGGAUGCCAGUGAAAAUCCGAUCUACAGACAGGCCACCUCGACUUUCAAAAAUCCCACCUACACGGCGAGCUCGGCUCACAUGUCGAUGCACCAACACAUGCACCACAAGUGAGGCGCGGGAGUUCAACCAUAUUUGGAUGAACGAUCGAAAGCAGUGGAUUAUCCGGCGUUAUCUUGUUCUUCCAAACUUCAAUGACUCAAAGGAUGCUGUACGCACGACGUGGCCAUAAUAAUAUUAAUAUUAAUAAUAGUAAUAAUAAUAAUAAUUAUAAUAAUUUUUCGGGCGCAACUUUUGCAAAGAGUUGGCUCCACUGAAUCAUUUUUAUCCUUGUAAGUAUUUCUCGUAGAGAAACUCGUUUACACAAAGUCUAUUGAUUGUUAGAGACUGAAGAUAUUCGUAAAUUAUGUGUUAUUGAAAAAAACAAACAAAAAAAGAAAAAAAAAGAAAAAAGAAAAACACAAUACUGCCAUACUGUGGACUCUACAGCCAGUGCUUCGAAAGAAAAGUCCAUACGUAUUAAAUAUAUGCAUGUUUGUGUGAUGAUGUUAUACUUACCCGUGCUGGUAGUGACUAAUUGACGAUGAAGCAACAAAUAAUGUAUCUCUAGUGAUCGUCGCUUCGUCCAAGCACAGAGAUGCACAUUUGUAGAAUUUUAAAUCUGUCUCCAACUGUAGCAAAUCUAAAAUGUAAAAGUGCCUUCCUCGGUAGCCUUAAAUUUUUAUCUCCCAAUGUUAUAAAUACUAACGUAACGCUGCAACUGUGUGUCAUUAUAAUGAUAAGCAUUUACUUUCAGAUUUGCGUAUACAAAAUACGCAUGUACGACUGGAAGUUACAGUAUUUCCUGAAAAAAUCAUCAAAACCCGUCAAUUAAAGGAGAUAAAUUCAGUGUACUUUGAAACUUUUGCAUUUUACAAAAUUGAAUUUAUGGUAAAAUUAUCAUACACAAACAGGAUCCACACGUAAAUUCGUUUUCACACUUUAUUCAAACUUGCCUUCGUAAAUUUAGUUUAUUUAUAUAAAUAAUUUAUAUAAAUUGCGAUUAACAAAAAAUAUUUGUACAUACUUACUUGCCUGUAUGAACGCUCAAAUUCUGUAUCGACUAUACGAACUAUGAUUAUAAUAAUGAGUUUGCAGAUUUAAACGGCAGCUAACGAGAAUAGUAACGAUAGCGCUCGAGUCAACGCGAGAUUCUGAAUAUUUUCUCAGGAUAUCGUGACUUGAAAGUCGAUAACGUUUACUCAUACUUAAAGUGUACGUCUGAAAAAGGCGCCUUGAAACCGAGUGCAAUCCAUUUAUGGGCUAUGAGCCUUGAAAACUAACGUAAUAGUAAGCGAUUCCAUUUUCAAGAUAAACGUCAUAACUUUCAUCGAGUCCCAUUGAAAUACGUGUUUGCAUUAAUUUAAUUUUACUUAUUCUCGUAAUUAUAUACUUAAUAAUUUAU